UACGGCUGCCCAGUAGUUUAAUUUCUCCAGCUGCGGUCCUUGGUUUUCGAGCGUAAUGUUUAAAUUAUAACAACAAAAUGCGUGAGCAUAUUCCGUCCUCGUUAGUGUUGGAGUUUCGUCCAAUAGACCUAUCUAUUUUUACCUGGUAUGCGCGCGCAACACGAGGCAAUGCAUUUUUAUUGGAUAACUAGUACAGGUGAGAGGUAUUCGUUUUGCACGCUGGGCAUCUACUUGUCCUUGUCAAUUGCCCGUGGUUUGACAAGGAUCAGAAUUAUGGUGGAUAAAUAACUUGACGUAGCUUGACAAGUGAUCGAUUUUCAAUUGUUUGUGUUUUUGAUUGACAAAUACGUUGCAUGUCACGCAGUUUUCCUCCUUCCCUUUUUAUCCCGUGCAGAUAAUAAGAAGGGAUUGCUAUACCUAAGUCUAACAUGGUUAGGUACGUUUUGCCUCGUCUUGCGCAAUAAGCGUUCUGCGUCUUUUUUUAUCUGAUAAAGUUUUCGUAUUAUCACCUCUUUGUCUGGUAAAAUAGAUAGGUCUAUUGAUUAUAUUCAAGUCCUAUAUCCCAUUUUUCGAUAAUAGGGUUUGCCAUGGAAAAACAAAAACAUACAUGACAAAUUACCCGACGACCCGUGAAAACUUUGACGUUGAAAUGAGUUCUCACAUUGUUAUAGACGGAAAGGGCCACAAGCUCCCGAAAUCCAUUGAUUAGAACUGCAUCUAUAAUUUGUUCACCCAUACAUUCCAAAUGUGUUCCGACUGAGGACUUGUAAGUUCCCUCUAUCAACUGAUGGCAUACGCCGCAAAUGUCAUUAGAUUCGACACGGACAACAGUUAUAAGGUUUAUUUGAGUUAUGGCCGCAAUAUCUUCGCACAAUCCCUCUAUGGAGGUCGACAUAGCUCCGGAGAGUCAACAGGUUUUCACUUUAGCAAAGGAAGCCGUGCAAAACGAAACUGAUGGCCUCUAUAAUGAUUCAGCGCUUUUAUGGCGACAGGCCGCCAGUAUUUUAGUGGCAUACGCCAAUGCAAAUAUUGAUCCCGAUGAAGUGGGGAUUGUUACAAAGGUAAAAUCGUUAAUCGGUUGUUUAGUAUCACGAGCAAUACAAAACAACAAUGUCAAGCAGCUAGAGCCCAAUUAUCUUUCCUUGAAAAUUUAUCAGGAUUACAUUGCGAAAGCUAUGGACGAAAUAGCACAGAGCGGCACAGAAUCGGACCAAUCAGAUUUUGCGAUGCGUGAACCUAACGAAAUUAAAGCGCCCAAUUUAUGGGAUUUGAGUGGCCAAGAGGACGUCCGUGAUCUUAUUGUCAGUUUGUUUGCCGCCAAAAACAAUGUAAUGGUGUUUGGACCUCCGGGUACGGGAAAAACCUUCAUGGCUGCAUCGCUAGCGAAAUCGUAUAAUCUACUCUUUAUUGAAGUAAACAGUGCAAACCUAAUGUCGGCCUAUGUAGGUGGCACCGAAAAGAACAUUAAAAACUUGUUCGAAUUGGCUCAUAGAAAGGUGACGCCCGAUCGUUCGGUCCUAAUUUUUUUCGAUGAGGCCGAAGCGAUCCUUUCGACACGAAAAGACAGUCCUAUCAAUACCAAUCCAGUGACACAAUUUAUGAUUGAAAUGGAAAAAGAUACAAACAAAGGCGUUCACUUUUUCUUUACUACCAAUUUGUUGAGUAAAAUAGAGCCAGCAAUAAAGAGACGUUGUUAUGGACUGUUUAUUGGCUAUCCAAAAACUAAAGAAGCCAUUGCAUCAUUAUAUCGUCACAACUUGGCCAAUUUUAAAAAUACUGUUAGCGACCAAACCAUAGAAACUUUAACAACGGCCAAUGAUAAACUUCUCUCGCCUAGCGCCAUUGCGAGCAUAGUCAAAUUAGCUUCUACUUUGGCCAAUAAGAUUACUACGAAUGAUAAGUUUCGUAGAGUAAGAAAUCACUUGUACAUUAAAGAUCCCAAUGGUUCCUAUACGUUUGCCGAUGUUUCUAAGCAAGAAGGAAAACCUAUCACAAAGCACAUUUUAGAAAUUGUACCCAUUAAUGAUAAUCAUCUGAUAAAUGCGUGGCGUGCUACACCAUCUGCCAUUACGGCUGAGGAACUAGAACAUUAUAAAGAUGAGGCCAAAGAGCUAUUGCAAUUGAAGGGGUUAGAACCAAAACGGUAUAAGUGACAUUUGCAAAAAAAAUGAGUUAAGUGCAUAUUUGGGUACAUAAAACUCCAAUUUGUUCCAUGGCAAAGCGAACUAAGUGAUUUUUUGACAUUCAGCGCCAUCUAUUGACAACUAAAAAUUGCAUGUAAACAGAAAUCUUCGAUUCGCUCCAGUCAAAACGGUCUAAGAUCACUU